AUGCAGUUCUUCGGCCGCCUGGUCAACACCCUCAGCAGCGUCACCAGCUUGUUCUCUAACCCGUUCCGGGUGAAGGAGGCGUCUCUGGCCGACUACACCUCCAGCGGCCGGAUCCGGGAGGAAGGACAGCUGAUUCUGUUCCACAGCGUUCCCGGCCGCACCUGGGACUGCGUCCUGGUCAACCCCAGGCACGCGCAGAGCGCCUUCCGACUCUUCCAGCUGGAGACGGAGGCCGAGGCCCUGGUGACCUUCCAGCAGUAUUCCUCCCUGCUGCCGCCCUUCUACGAGAGCUCCGCCCAGAUCCUGCAGGUGGACGUGCUGCAGCAGCUGAGCGACCUCAUCCGCAGCCACCCCAGCUGGUCCGUGGCCCACCUGGCGGUGGAGCUGGGCAUCCGAGAGUGCUUCCAUCACAGCCGCAUCAUCAGCUGUGCCAACAGCACGGAGAGCAAGGAGGGCUGCACGCCGCUGCACCUGGCCUGCCGCAAGGGGGAUGCGGAGAUCCUGCUGGAGCUGGUGCAGUACUGCCACGCCCAGGUGGACGUCACCGACAACAACGGGGAGACCGCCUUCCACUACGCCGUGCAGGGGAACAACUCCCAGGUGCUGCAGCUCCUGGGGAAGAGUGCGUCGGCCGGCCUGAACCAGGUGAACAACCAGGGGCUCACCCCGCUGCACCUGGCCUGCCAGAUGGGCAAGCCGGAGAUGGUCCACGUGCUGCUGCUGUGCAACGCGCGCUGCAACGUCAUGGGGCCCCGCGGCUACCCCAUCCACACGGCCAUGAAGUUCUCCCAGAAGGGGUGUGCUGAGAUGAUCAUCAGCAUGGAUAGCAGCCAGGUCCACAGCAAAGACCCCCGCUAUGGAGCCAGCCCCCUCCACUGGGCCAAGAAAGCAGAGAUGGCCCGCAUGCUGCUGACACGAGGCUCCGACGUGAACAACACCAGCUCCGUGGGCAACACGCCUCUGCACGUGGCAGUGAUGCGCAACCGCUUCGACUGCGCCAUGGUGCUGCUGACCUACGGGGCCAACGCCAACGCCCGCGGGGAGCACGGCAACACGCCGCUGCACCUGGCCAUGUCGAGGGGCAACGUGGAGAUGAUCAAGGCCCUCAUUGUGUUUGGGGCAGAGGUGGACGCCCCAAACGACUCUGGGGAGACUCCUACCAACAUAGCCUCCAAGAUCGGCAAAGAGCUGCAGGACCUGGUGCACAUCUCCCGGGCCCGGAAGCCCACCUUCAUCCUGAGCUCCAUGCGGGACGAGAAGCGGACCCACGACAACCUGCUGUGCCUGGACGGAGGGGGCGUGAAAGGCCUGGUCAUCAUCCAGCUCCUCAUCGCCAUCGAGAAGGCCUCGGGCGUCGCCACUAAGGACCUCUUUGACUGGGUGGCGGGGACCAGCACCGGCGGCAUCCUGGCCCUGGCCAUUCUGCACAGCAAGUCCAUGGUCUACAUGCGUGGCGUGUACUUCCGCAUGAAGGACGAGGUGUUCCGGGGCUCCCGGCCCUACGAGUCGGGGCCCCUGGAGGAGUUCCUGAAGCGGGAGUUCGGCGAGCACACCAAGAUGACGGACAUCAGGAAGCCCAAGGUGAUGCUGACGGGGACGCUGUCGGAUCGGCAGCCGGCCGAGCUCCACCUCUUCCGCAACUACGAGGCCCCGGAGUGCGUGCGGGAGCCUCGCUGCGGCCAGAACGUCAGCCUCAAGCCUCCGACUCAGCCCGCGGAGCAGCUGGUGUGGCGGGCAGCCCGGAGCAGCGGGGCCGCCCCCACCUACUUCCGGCCGAGCGGGCGCUACCUGGAUGGCGGGCUGCUGGCCAACAACCCCACGCUGGACGCCAUGACCGAGAUCCAUGAGUACAACCAGGACAUGAUCCGCAAGGGCCAGGGCAACAAGGUGAAGAAGCUCUCCAUCGUCGUCUCCCUGGGGACAGGGAAGUCCCCGCAGGUGCCCGUGACCUGUGUGGACGUCUUCCGUCCCAGCAACCCCUGGGAACUGGCGAAAACCGUGUUUGGGGCCAAGGAACUGGGCAAAAUGGUGGUGGACUGUUGCACGGAUCCGGACGGGCGGGCCGUGGACCGGGCCCGGGCCUGGUGCGAGAUGGUGGGCAUCCAGUACUUCAGAUUGAACCCCCAGCUGGGGACAGACAUCAUGCUGGACGAGGUGAGCGACAUGGUGCUGGUCAACGCCCUCUGGGAGACGGAGGUGUACAUUCACGAGCACCAGGAGCAGUUCCAGAAGCUCAUCCAGCUGCUGCUGUCCUCCUAG